AUGAAAGGGGUCGGUUACAUUCGCAGCAAGGCAGAUGCCGACGGCGGCUCCGGGCGCAGUGGUGCCGGGGGUCAAAGGGGCGCCGGAGGGAUAGCACUACGCGGUGGGGCCCGAGUGGGCGGAGCAACGGUUGCCGGCCGCGCAGGGACUGUUGGAGUGGCAGCAGUUGGCCCAGGCAGGCGUCCGGGAGUUGGCGGCGUCGGCGAAGGCAACUUGUUUGAAGGGAUUAACAAGAUCUUUGGGCCUGAAACCGAGUUUAUUGAGGAACGCUUUGUUGAACUUAGCAACACUGUCGGUCGCUUGUCGGGCUUCGAAGAGCGACUUGCAAAGUUGGCUCAGGUCAUUUCAAAGUUGACUAGAUCUGUGCAUAACCUGUAUAAAGGUCAAAAGCAG